AUGGUUGUCCCUCCCUCCCUCGACGCGUCUUCGCUCGAAGACCAAUCUGACCUUGAACCCGGAUACGCCGUCAGAGCUGACGACAACAUCACGUUGUUGGCCAGCAAGGUGAUGCGCGAUGUUCUGGUUACGCGUGAUGAACCGGUGCGCAGGCGUGAACUGUGGCAGGCCGUUGAGUUGGCAAUGGGCGACCGGUCGCCUGAUGUUGAUGGAGUGCUGAAAGGAACCUGGUUCAAUAACCCGGUUUAUGGAAAAUGGGUGCUGACUGAGGCAGCGGAAGCGGCCGGGUCUCCGUUUGUGGACGCCCACGGCAUCAUUAACGUGGCAAAUGUGGUCGAUUACCUGCGCCGUUGCAGUGGGGAGGCUCCUUACAUCGGUGACGUGGGCGAUUUCAUCAAGCUUUGCCGACCCACCGUUCAUUUGGGCAGCGACUGGUUGACCGAAUUUACCGGAGCCAUCACUCGAGCCUGA